AUGUGUACCACAAUUCUUUUGUUUGUGAUGUUCUUGUUACGGAUAUCUGUUCGAAUAACGUUUAGCAAUUCGUCUGUCUGCAACAAAACCACAACGUAUUUGUCAAGUGACUUAAUUUGUAUCAACCCACUUACCAUUGAUCUAAUAUGUGAGAUUUUUGUUGAUAGAUCGAGCGGUUGCGCUAACUGUAGUACACUCAUGGCUCUACAGAAGUUUAAUAAUAAAAACGAGUUAUAG